GCCCUUCGCGAGGAUGCUCAUUGAGAACACAACCAAGCUGGUGGCUGAGGCUGUGGAGGAGUUCUUUGGGACGAAGCUGGCCGCCACGGAAACUUGCAACGCAAGCCUGGCCGACGGUGUUGCCACAAUCGUCAAGACCGCCACCGACAAAGUGACGGCGUUUGCUGAGGAGCCAACUGAGAGCAAGAUCAGGGAGGCGUUCGCCAACUUCACGAAGGAGUAUCCCAAGCUGGCCGGCCUCUCCGCCAUCGCCGAUGCUCACGUCAUGCCCGUCAAGCUGGCGUACCUGCGGAGCCUCGUCAGCGGGGCGUGCUACAACGACUCCAGCAAGACGAUGCUGAAGCUGUUUGCCAUCGAGGGCGCCGUCGACCGCUUCUUCCUGCCCGCCGUCUUUCGCGCGCUCCUCCCCCCCCCUCCUUUUGGGCCCCACGGACCCCCCCACCACGGUCCACAUCACCAUCACCACCCCCACGGCCCUCCCAGAGACGAUGACGACGAAGAUGACGUCACUGAUGAUGACGAUAACGAAGGUGUUAACUGGGACGACUCCGCCUGCGACGACGAGGACGGUGACGUCAGCGUGGAUGACGUGGCGCCGAAGGGAGCGGACAGCUGGAUUGACCCGCGCUGGCUGGAGAGCGGAGCGCCCGUCGAGAAGAAGUGCCCGCACCGGAAGCCGGACCCCGAGAAGCUCAAGAAAUGCGUCGCUACUAACCUGGAGCUGUCCCGCGCGGUGGUUAAGAAGGCGGCCUUCAUGCUGUGCAACGGGCCGAAGCCCCCCCACAUUCAGAAGAUCGUUGCGGAAGUGUGCGGGUUUGCGGAAGAGAACAAGGAACUGGUUCGCACCACGGUUCUGCUGCGCCUCCAGCCGUGGAAGAUCGCCAUCGGCGCCUGCCUCCCUCCCCCCCCUCACCACGGGCCCCACGGACCCCCUCACGGACCCCCCCACGACGAUGGGCCCGAGGGGCCCCCCGUCAAACCACCUCACGGCGGACCCCCCCAUGACGGUCCUGAGGAUGAAGAGGAGACGAAGGUGUAUUCCUUUCCUGACGUCUUCGAAGGAUCCAACGUGGCGGAAGAGAUUGCGCCGUAUUUUGCCGACUUUCUGGGGGGCUUUGGGCCGGAUCUCCUCCAGCUGAAGUAUAGGAUUCCCUCUAGGUUCGGAAGAGAAUUCUUUUCAGUGCCAACGAUCCCAUUACGAAGACCAGCACCCAAACAUUUGACCGCCAACUUCGGGGACGUGCUUGGCACAGACUUGGUCAGCGUGAUCCUUGCGAGGAUGACCAUCUGGUUGUUUGGUUAUGGCUCCCUCAUCUGGCGACCAAACUUCAAGUACGACAGGAAAGUGGACGGCUACAUCAAGGAUUGGGCGCGCGUGUUCUACCAAGGGAGUACCGACCACAGGGGAACGCCAGGCGCUCCUGGGAGAACGGUCACUCUGGAGGCGCAAAAAGGGGCGGUUACGUGGGGCACUGCGUACUGUAUAGAAGAUCAACAAGAGGCGGACCUCACUCUCUCUUACCUGGAAGUGCGGGAGAAGCAGUACGAUGUCCGGGCGAAGGUCGAUCUCUUCACCCUCGAGUCGGAAACUGUCCCUGCCGUGUCCGGCGUCUUAGUGUACAUAGCCUCUCCUAACAAAGUCUCUAACCAGAACUACCUGGGGCCUGCCCCCUUGGAAGAGAUCGCUAAGCAGAUUGCGAAAGCAAGAGGCCCCUCCGGGCCCAAUUACGAGUACCUCUUCAGGCUGGAAGAGGCCCUGUUACGGCUCGGUGUUGUGGACGACCAUGUGGUUGGGUUAUCGAAGCUGACGAGGGAGAUCAUGGGUUGCUAACGUGACUAAUCAUGGGUUGCUAUUUGUGCUUAAGCUCGACCGAUAAAAUUAGAAACCUAGCCAAGUUGCGUGAUGUGGCUUUGUGGUGGCUAUGGGGAUUGUAAGUUUGGGCGCCGUCAAAGCUUAUGACGCUUAUGGUGAUUGGGUAGUUCUCCAGAAGUAGGGCCAAAUUGGCCUAACCGUACUGAUCUACACAAGAUGCCAGGGCGGGUUGUCAAAACGAAUAACUUGGUCUAUGUUGAACUGUUUGCCUCGAUAUCACGAAGUCCAGGCAAACCAGCAAGCAGGCCAUUGUACCGGAAUUGGCAUAAUCAAGCCUUUGACGGCUCUCCAGUUAC